CAGGCCCAUCCAGGUGAAGCCUGCGGACAGCGAGAGCCGAGGAGGUCAUGACUAUGGACGUGAAAGGAGGACGAGGGAAGUAAAUAGCUGGCUAUAUAGAUGGUGUCAAAGAACAGGAUUUGUUUUUCUGGAUCAUUGCCAUGGAAACCAGAAAGAAGACAGAAAACUCUUUGUUGGCAUGCUCAACAAGCAACAAUCUGAGGAUGACGUCCGCCGGCUCUUUGAGGCCUUCGGAAACAUUGAGGAAUGCACGAUCCUCCGGGGGCCAGAUGGCAACAGCAAAGGGUGUGCCUUCGUGAAAUACUCCUCCCAUGCUGAGGCCCAAGCUGCCAUUAACGCCCUGCAUGGCAGCCAGACCAUGCCGGGAGCUUCAUCCAGCCUGGUCGUCAAGUUUGCAGACACGGACAAGGAGCGCACGAUGAGGCGGAUGCAACAAAUGGCGGGCCAGAUGGGCAUGUUCAACCCCAUGGCCAUCCAGUUCGGGGCAUAUGGAGCCUAUGCACAGGCACUGAUGCAGCAGCAGGCGGCCAUCAUGGCAUCCGUAGCACAGGGAGGCUACCUGAACCCCAUGGCAGCCUUCGCCGCAGCCCAGAUGCAGCAGAUGGCAGCACUCAACAUGAACGGCCUCGCGGCCGCUCCCAUGACCCCAACCUCAGGUGGUAGUACCCCUCCGGGCAUCACUGCACCAGCUGUGCCUAGCAUCCCAUCCCCCAUUGGGGUGAACGGAUUCACUGGCCUUCCCCCACAAGCUAAUGGGCAGCCUGCAGCUGAAGCCGUGUUUGCCAAUGGAAUCCACCCCUACCCAGCACAGAGCCCCACGGCGGCCGACCCCCUGCAGCAGGCCUACGCAGGAGUGCAGCAGUAUGCAGGUCCCGCUUACCCUGCUGCCUAUGGUCAGAUAAGCCAAGCGUUCCCUCAGCCGCCUCCAAUGAUCCCACAGCAACAGAGAGAAGGGCCAGAGGGCUGUAACCUGUUCAUCUACCAUCUGCCCCAGGAGUUUGGGGACGCUGAGCUGAUGCAGAUGUUCCUCCCUUUCGGUAAUGUCAUCUCCUCGAAAGUGUUUGUGGAUCGGGCGACUAACCAAAGUAAAUGCUUUGGCUUCGUGAGCUUCGACAACCCGGCCAGCGCGCAGACGGCCAUCCAGGCCAUGAACGGCUUCCAGAUCGGCAUGAAGCGGCUCAAGGUGCAGCUCAAGCGGCCGAAAGACGCCAAUCGCCCCUACUGAGCGCCGGCGGGAGCGUCCCCCGGGGGAAACCAGGACUCGCACAGGGCAGGAUGCUGAAUGGGCUACAUUAAAAAAAAAAACAAAACCUA